GUGAGAGCGGAACAACCGUAUCAAAAUUUAUAGCGCGCAGCUGGAAUUGACUAUGGAAUAUUGUUCAGUAGACCUGAAACUAAAAUUAUACGCUGCUGCGAUACAGAAUGCACACAUCUUGGCAGGUGAAAUGGAUUUAGCUAACUUGCAGCUGGCAUUCAAAAUGACAUCCGAGUUGCAACAACGUGUUAUUGAUUUAAUGCGCAAACAAGAAAGACAUCUUAAAAAUUUGGAAGCCUUUAUGAAUAUAAAGAAAGAAGGUAAUAUGUUUCUUGGGGCUGCUCAGUAAUUUAUUUUCAGACACAUAUCCAGCAGGUGUUAUGGAAAUAGAUAAAGAAGUCUCGCAGAGUAUGGAGACAGAUAUGGAUGCGCGACAUAACCAUUACGAUGAAAGUCAAAACAGUGAAGUUAUAGGCAGUGAAAAUAUUGAAAAUGGGGAGGCAAUAAAUGACAAUCAGCAUUUGUGUGAACUGUCAAACCAUGUAGUCAAUGAUACAGUACCUACUAACAGUCAAACGAGUAGUAUAUGUGAAACGCUUACACCAAGUACUUCCACCUCAGAGGAAGCAUGGAAACCAUUAAGUCAGAAACACAAACUGAGAUCUAUAGAAUCCCUUUGUGAAGUUAUGCUUCUUGAUGGUAUUCCUAUACCUUUCACCAAUGAAAACACGGAUUGUGUUGCCUGUAAACUAAGAAAUCACGUGCAAACUGAAACGGUAAUUAGGAUGGUUUGUGCAGCGUGCCCAGAAUUUCCUCGGCUUUGUUCAGCACAGUGUUUUCGAUGGUGGCACAAUGUUCAUUUACCGGCACUCCGUAACAAACCAAGAACAAUAAUCGAAUCCGAGCAAACCGGUACAACGAUAAUGGAAUCAAAUAACCAAGUGAUGGUUUCAGAAUUCCAGGUACUAGACCAAUCAAGUGAAUUAAAAGCGCCUGAGAAAUCAGUUCCCCAACCUUGUACAGCAUCCGUACGUCGGCUUGUCGGAAAAAGAAAACGACGUAAAAGAUUCCGAUAUUCUAAAGUGAAAAGGAACGUAAUACCAGUCUGGCCUAAAAGUAAAUCCCGUCGUCCAUCGGAAAAAACGCUAUGCUAA